AUGUCGCAGCAGCAGCAGGGGCAGUACAGCAUGGGGCAGGGGCAGCGUCCGGGGAUGACGCAGCAGCAGUACGCGUACAUGAUGCAGCGGGGGAUGAUGUCGUUCGCGCAGCCCAACUACAUGGCCAUGGCCGCGGCCCAGAGGAGGCCCGGCGGGUAUCCCCAGGGAGCGUACGGGCACGGGGCGCCAGGGAUGCAGGCGCAAGCGCAGCAGCGCCAAGCGAUGCUCCGACCUCAGGGGCAGUACAGGCCCGCUGCGCCCACGGGGGGCGAGACCGCGCGCAAGAAGCAGGGCGCGACGCCGCAGAAGGGCCGCAAACGCAAGCGCAUGGCCCCGCAGCAGGAGAAGAAGCGACCAGAGGCGCACCUCGUCGCGCCGUACGUCCCGGAAAGCAAGGUCCUGGGGGAGAUGGUGGACUUGGAGCGGCAGCUGGACCUCGUCAUGGAGGACCGCAAGGCGCUGCUGUACUCCCUCUGCGACGCGCGGACGCAGCACGCCACGUCGCACCAUCGCAGGAGGAUGCGCAUCUGGGUGUGGAGCGUCCCGCACAACCAGCGCCUCGCCGGCGCCGCGGGCAGCGGCGCGGGGUCGCCCGACGUCACAUCUGAGGCGCCCAGCUGGUCGCUGUACGUCUACUCGCGCCUCCUCGCCGCGCCCGUCGGCGCCACGAUGUCCUCCGAGGUCGAGGAGGCCAGGGGCGUCACCAAAGCCAUCCCCGUGCCCCCCAGCGCGGGGCCCGCCGACGAGAGCGACGACCACGUCCCGCUGGGCUCCUUCUUCUCGAAGGUCGCCGUCAAGCUGGAGGGGGAGUGCGCGGGGGGCCCGUCUGAGGUGGUGUGGGAGCGCAGGAACCACGUGGGGGAGCCGCCGUCGAGCAUCGAGGUGAAGCGGCGGGGGUCGUCGCGGGUGAAGGCCUCGGUGACGCUGACGCCGGGGGGGCGCCCCACGCGGUACGCGCUGGACAAGAAGCUCGCGACGUUCCUCGGUCGCACCGAGGGCACGCGGUCGGAGGUCCUGCUCGGCGUGUGGUCCUACGCCAGGUCGCGCCGGCUGCACGACGUGGACAAGGCGGAGGUCCGGCCGGACGCUGCGCUGGCGACGGCGCUGGACAUCCCCAAGGACUCCCCCCUGUCGCUCAGCGCGCUGGCGGCCGCGAUCGUCGACCACCUCGGCGACCUCCCGGACAUCACGCUCACGCACACCAUCGAGACCGACACCGUCGCGGAGCGGGGCAGCGACGAACCCCCCCCCGCGGUGUCAGUCUGGGACAUGUGGGUCGACAACCCCCCCCCGAACACCCCGAACCCCGCCGGCGCCGACGGGCCCGUCGCACGCCUCCGGACGCGCGAGUCCGAGCUCGUCGCGCCCGGCCGGCGCGUCAACGAGCUCCUGGGGCGCCUGGCCGAGCACCGCCGCCGCCGCGCGAUGUACCUGGCGUUCGCGCGGACGCCGGUCGAGAUCGUGAACGCGAUGGUCCUGUCGCAGCUCGCGGACGUCCGGCUCGUGCGCGACGGCUCGUCGCAGCAGGCGCAGCUCGCCCAGCAGCAAGCCAUCGUCGCGGGACUGGGCGCCGCGGCCGCGAGCGCGCUGCCGGGGUCGCGGGAGGCGGCGGAGUACGUCGUGGGCUUCCGGAGCGAGGUCUUCGCGGAGAAGUGGGCCGAGGAGGCCACGCUGCGGUACUUGCAACGCACCGAGAACGCAAAGCGGGACGCCAGCCGGGCGAAGGAGGCGGCCGCGAAGCAGAAGCAGGCGGCCGAGCAGGAGCGCCGGACGACGCGGCAGAACCCGAACGCCGGCGCGCGCGGGAGCUGA